CUGUGGGUCUAAUUAACGAACGCAGAUCGGAUGACGAAGUUGAUUCGGAAGAUCUCGUGACAAAAUUCUAAGGCGGUGCCCUAAAGACGACCAAGAAUCUCCUUGACCUCAGACGUUCCUGUAGUUGCUAUGGACCAACAACCAAAUACGUCAACGGGACAGCAAUCUGGAGAAGGUCAAGAGCCGGCAAAAUCUCCGUCCGCGUCACAGGCUCAGUCCCCGUCCCCUCAGCCUCCGGCUCAGUCAUCGUCACCUGCCACUACGGAACCGAUGUCCGGAAAAGUUCUCAGGUCUGGUCUCAAAUCUGGCAAGUCCAAGUCCAAGUCAAAGAAGGGAAUUCUGAAGCAAUCAUUUAGCUUUGAACAGAUACAGUCGACAGACACUAUCAAGUGGAACGAGGAGAACAUAAUAAAGACGUUGCAUCCGGCGGAUAAGGAUUACGGUCAUAUGAAAGUGGACGAGCCCAAGACCCCUUUUAACUACGAAUACAAAGCAGAAGAUAGCACCGGACAGAUCGAUCCCAACCAGCUCCUCAAAAAGCUCGAAGAGGGCGCCACCGCGCCACCUACGGCGGUGCAAGAAGCCCAUGCUAAAGAGGAGGAGGAAGAGCGCAAGAGACGAGAAUUCGAAAGAAAGCGCAAGAUGCACUACAACGAGUUUCAACGGGUCAAGGAGAUGAGAGAGAGGAUGAAGAACAAGAAGCCGGAGGACGAAGAUGAAGACUGACACCUCUUGAGACCGGACGCAUUAGGAUAUUCGAUAGUUCAAUAAGCAGGCAGUCAUCUCCAAUGCGAUGAGAGCUUGCUAUGGAAGCGCAAUGAGCGCCCGAUCAAAGUGUGGAAUAAACGACUUAAUAGCGGA